AUGACCCAAGGGGAAGGUUUGGUGACCCCGGGUCGAGCUCGUGCGCGCGCUCGGGCAUGGGAGGGGUUCAACGCUUUCGGUGCUACGCUCUGGGUGGGAGUGGAGGGGGGGGAAAAGGGUAAAGACUCGAAUACGGACCCAAUUUGUUUCAACGAGUUGAUGUAGUAACUCGUGAGCUGUGAGAACGAUCGUUCCAACUGUAAAUCAGUACCACUUGUCCCCCUCUCUCUUAGAAACAGCGGGGCGCAGUCUCACAUUUCGUUCAGCCUCGUCCUCUUUCCCAACCGGAACGCCGGAAAGCCUUAACGUCAACGUCGUCGAAGCCGAGCCUUGGUGCAAAGUCGUCUCGAGCGUGCCAAAGUACCCCUCGGGCCAGGUUGGUGCCCGCCAACUCGUCGUCAUCGAGGUCGGCGCCUUGACGUCCUCGACUUUACCCGUGAUGUUGCGACCAAACAACUCGACCUCGGCGCCGACUUCUGGACGGAACUUGGCCGGGUUGCGCGACCAAAGAGGAAUUUUUUGUUCAUUCGUGAGGAACUCCCACAGCGUCGCGGCGUCGCACAUGAACUCGCCCUCGGCCUUGACGACGGCCGUAUUGAACGACUGGCCGCUCUUGCCCUGGCCGACCGAGACCGACGAACCCGACGGGACCGUCGGCUUGGACUGGCUCGUCGUCGCCGAAGAAGAAGCCGUUGCCGUAGCGGGUGUCGAGGCGCCAGAGCCGGCACCGGAACCUCCGUCGACGUCGGAGAGCAAGUCCUUGCCGUGGGCCUCGAUCAAAUCGGCGGGGAAGCGUUGGAAGAUGGGGCGCAGCUUGUUGGCCAAAGCCUUUCUCGCGAUCGUGUUGAACGCAUCCGACUUCUUGGUCGCAGCAGAGUCGAGCGUCGAGGUAAAGACGUAG